AAAAGAAAUCAUGCACCAGCAUCCUCCAUGAAAACCACUUUUCUCACAUUAGCACUGAGUACUGGGAAAGGACUGUUGUUCUCCUUCCUAAAGCACAUAUAUCCUGACCUAACAAUUGGGGCUUUUCCACAAAGUGCCUAUUCUGAGGGGUCCAGCAUUAUUAUUAUGGCAGAAUUAUGAAGGCAGCAGCUCCCAAUUACCAGCUCUCUAGAAUUAUUACAGAUCAGUCUGGUGAAAGCUACAAGUAGAAAUGAUAGGAAAAAUCUAAUAAUAAGAUUAUUAUAUUUCUACUUUCUUAUACUUCUGUUUCCCCACUAGAAUCCACACAGUUGUGAGGCUAUAACAGAGGACAGAAUUUGGUGCUGUGGUAUUACAGCGGGCAGGGAUCAUCCUCUUGUUAUGGCAAACAAUGAGAUUAAGCACAGUCAGCCAAGAUCUCUAAUGGGUCCCUGAGGUACUACCACCACACAGAUAGAAUAAUGAUAAUUAAGUAAGCCACUGUAUUUUGAAAGGAAAGAGAAAAUAACUGCAUAAGGAAAACACAAGUUUUUGUGUAAACCUGUUAUCACUGUUUAUAUUGAUAAACAAAUUAAUUUAUCAGAGUUAAUUUUUUAUUGUAUGGUUUUAAUAUUUUUUCAGGUCUCCUUAUUUUUGUUGGAAAAACAAGGCUCUGGAGGUAAAGACAAAAUGCCUAAAAUGCCUGUCUGCAUGCUAAAACUCACCAAGGUGGUGACACAUCACAAAUUGUGGGCUGUGUUCAUUAUCACCUUUCAGUUCCUGUGUUUUGUCUACAUAAUGUGCUACUGGAGAAUCAGUGAGGAUACCAACAAGAGUCAGCUGUAUGACUUAAUUCUGGAAGUGAACUGCCAUCACCUUGUACCUUCUCCUCCAGCUGUUUCUGUCAGUCCACCUCCAACACCAGGGAAUAUAUUCUUCAUAGAGACUUCAGAACGUAUCAACCCACAUUUUCUCUUUGUGUGCUCUGUUGAAUCUGCAGCCAGGGCUCACCCUGACACCAAAGUUGUCAUCCUUAUGAAGGGCUUAGCAGAAAAAAAAUUUUCCCAGCCAAAACACUGGGGGUUAUCCCUACUCGGCUGCUUCCCCAAUGUGGAAAUUCGGCCAUUGGACUUAGAUGAUCUGUUUUCAGGUACACCUCUGGCUGACUGGUACUCACAGGCCCAACACAGGUGGGAACCUUAUUUCUUAGCUGUCCUUUCUGAUGCCUGUAGAAUUGCAAUUAUGUGGAAAUUUGGCGGUAUCUACUUAGACACAGACUUCAUAGUCCUUAAAAACUUAGGGAACCUCACUAAUGUAAUUGGCAUCCAGUCCAAAUAUAUACUGAAUGGAGCCUUCCUUUCCUUUGAACCCAACCACAAGUUCAUAGAGCUCUGUAUGAAGGACUAUGUGAACCAUUACAAUAGCUGGAUAUGGGGGCACCAGGGACCACAGCUUCUUUCCCGUGUUUUCAAGAAGUGGUGCUCCAUCAGGAGUCUCCAGAGAAGUAAAGGCUGCAAAGGUGUCAGCACCCUUCCUCAAGAAGCCUUUUAUCCUAUUCACUGGCAGGACUGGAAGAAGUAUUUUGAAGAAGUCAGUUCUUCAGAGUUUCAGAAACUUUUCCAAAACAGCUAUGCAGCACAUAUUUGGAAUAAAAAGAGUCAAGGGACCAGGUUUGAGGUCACCUCCAAAGCUCUGCUGGCUCAGCUGCACUCAAGCUAUUGCCCUUCUACAUAUUGGAUGAUGAAGACUUAUUUGUGAAAGACAUUCACCUGAUGGUCACAUGACCACCCAAGAGCAGCAGCUAUAAAGAUUCGUCCUUCCUAGCAAAAAUGUGUUUUUGAAAGCACUUGUGCCUCAGUGAAAUCUGUCACUAAAUUGUGUGGUACAAAGAAGGUUAAAGGACAGGCUGAAUGUAGGUUGAACACUGGGGAAGCCCUGAGCAGCACUGAGCUUGUUUUCCUUACUUGACUCUUUGAGGUUGUAACAGGACCAUGCACCCAGGGGUGGCCAUGUUGUCUACUGGUGGCCAAGUGGCUCCUACCUACUCAGGCUCCCUGGAUGCUCUUUUUCUCUUUCCUGCCAAACCUUGAUGUCAUCAACUCUCAUAUGAAAAGGAAGGUGGUCCCAGGUUAUGCUCUUGCCCUUCUUUCAGAUGGCUCACCCCUCUUGGACCCUGCAGUUUCCAAGCACACCUCUCAAGAGCAAAGCAAACUUUCCAGGCCCAUCCAGACCUUAAGGUCUCUGUUGCCUCAAAGGCGAAAUCUGUGAGCUCCUUCUACCCCUUUAACCAUGCCCAUGCCUUGCAGCUGCUACCCAUUAUCACCUCAUUAGGCCACUUCAAGGCCAAUGUAUCCUUGUUGGGGUGUCUGCUUUCCAGCUCCAACCGCUCUCAUCUAUAUGGGUGCCUCCCAGCUUAGGUCACUAUCUUGCAUCCCUAGACCUGAUCUUGCCCCCUCAGGUCCUAAACCCCUGGCCCUUGUUGUAGCCCAAGAAGGGCAGAGAUGGCUUGCACGCUGACCCCAGUAGGCCCAAGCUUGGUGCUUCCCUGGCACCCCAGGACCUCUGGUCCUGUCAGCACCUUGAGCCUGACCCCUGGCAGUGCUCAAAGCAGUCAUGCACACCUCGGGUACCAAUGGGACCUCCAUCUCUCCCCUUUCUAGUCCCAUCCAGUAUACUGGUCUGAAUCAAAAUAUAAGCCUCUUGGCUAACAAAACCCUGUGCUCACUGGGCAUACUGGACUCUCUCUAUUCUGCAUCCUGGCUCCCCACAAGCCUUCUCUUCCUUGCCUGUAGCCCCCCAUGGCAACAAUAUCCCAGGCCAUCAGGCUGCCAUGGCCUUCUGGCUGCAGAGCUCUUCACCUUUCAGCCACCCGGGGCAGACUGCCCUCUGGCUCAAGAUUUUUAUGCCUCCCAAGCUCCACCCGCUUCCAGUCAGUGCCACAAUAGCUUUUCUGAAUGCAGAGCUAUUUAUUAGCUCCUGCCUUGCUAGCUGCCUUUGUCUGGUUCACAAAAAUUCUUCCCUUAAAGAGCCCAUUCCAUUCCCCAUAACAGCGUAAGAAUUCCCUGUUACAAAGGUCCCAAAUUCUGUUCUACUAAGGUCCCUUUCCACUGCUCUGGUUGCAUAAAGGAGUAGCAUAGUAGCAUAACGAAGGGGGGCAACUAGGGCACUAG